AAUCCCAUCAAUGCCGGAAAUGGGCUUCCAACGAAGCUGGUGCUCCUUUCUAGUCGUGGUAGCGGCAAUCAUGGCUCGACUGGUGGCCACGACCAUGGCGCAGACAAACCCUAACAGGACGGUCGUCGAGGAGGGCGCAGGCUGGCUCCGUGUGUACUCUGACGGCACUGUGGAGCGGCUGACACCACCGGGAGCCGAGCCGUUCACCGCCAUAGUCCCGCCCUACGCCGAGCCACGCGGCGGCGUGACCGUCCACGACAUCACCACGGGCCACGGCGUCGACGUCCGGCUCUACCUCCCGGAGGCGGCUGGUGAGUCGCCUCACCGGCGGCGUCCGGUCCUCGUCCACCUCCACGGCGGUGGCUUCUGCGUCUCCCGCCCCUCGUGGGCGCUCUACCACAACUUCUACGCUCCACUCGCCGCCGAGCUCGGCGUCGCGGGCAUAGUCGCCGUUUACCUCCCCCUCGCGCCCGAGCACCGCCUCCCUGCCGCCAUCGACGCCGGCCAUGCCGCACUACUGUGGCUCCGUGACGUCGCACACGGCGGCAGCAACGUCUACGGCGAUGGGCACUCUGCUGCGGUGGAACGGUUCGGCCACGCUGCCGACUUCUCCCGCGCGUUCCUCAUCGGGGACAGCUCCGGCGGCAACCUCGUGCACCUCGUGGCAGCCCGCGCCGGCGACGAGGAGAAGCCGGGAGUUCUGCACCCGGUGAAGCUCGCCGGCGGAGUGCUCCUCCACCCGGGCUUCGCCCGGGAGCAGAAGAGCCGGUCGGAGCUCGAGAACCCACCGAGCAUGUUCCUGACGCCGGAGGUGAUCGACAAGCUCCUUGCGCUCGGCUUGCCCAUGGGCGUCAACAAGGACGGCCCCUACACGUCGCCGGAGCUGGCGGCCAUGGCCGUGGCGCAUGUACGGAUGCCGCCGUUGUUGCUCAUGGUUGCGGAGAAGGACCUGCUCCAUGACCCACAGCUGGAUUACGGGAAGGCCAUGGAACACGCUGGGAAGAAGGUGGAGACGGUGGUCAGUCGAGGUGACGUCGCGCACAUCUUCUACCUCAACUUCUUCGCCGUGCAGUCCGACCAGCUCACGGCGAAUAGGACGAAGGAGCUCGUUCAUACCAUCAAGUGUUUCAUCGACCGGCACUGAUCGAUAUGAUCCAUUCAGGAGGAAUAUGCGUGUUCGGAACUUCAUUCCAGUUUGUUCAUCGUCUUCCUGCCUGCACGUCAUUGGCUGUGUUGUUGGUCUUUUACAUUUUACAACAUCACUGUUCUGAUGUUUGAACAUUUCGAAGCAAUUUACUUCUAUGCCCAAAUAAAACAAUUCUGCCAAAGUUUGGAGGCUACGUUGAUGCACAUCUUUGCCAGCCAUGGGUGGAGGUUUAGUAACCGAUUGUGUUUUUGAAACUUUUUGCCAUGGGUUGGAUUCAGAGAUUGCGAAUUUACAUUUUGUGCUUCCUACUUUGGGUCAAGUUGUAAUAACGUAUGGCUUUGUAUGUCCUUGGUUGAUGCAGCGGCUGGGAUAAUUUUAUUCCUUUAUCAAAAAUAUGUAACUUUUUUAUUGGGAAAAGCUAUAUGGCUUACUUGAGUGUUUUAAA